CAACGCAUGAACCCCUAACACGCCCCCGCCAGCCAGGGUCCCGCCCAGGGUCCUACCCACGGUUGGGCCAGUGAGCGCCACCGCAACCAUUAUAUUACCACACUCGAUAGUGGUUCAACAGUCCAGCUUGGCUGCGUAUUGCAUUUCGCGCAGGGCGAACGAAGCUAGAGGGGCGGAAAGUCCACUGUUGCGCGUCGGCCCGUGAGCUCUCAAGACCCCCAAUUCGCGAGUCCCCAGCGGCCAACAUCUGGCAAGGGUGGUGGACGCUACCCCCACCGCCACCCUGCCUUAAGCUGAUUUUGCUCUCCUCAACUACUUCUUUCCCCGUACGCCACCUCUCCAUCUGACAUCGCACCCGGUGCUAAAAAUCACGCUUUUCUUUUCCGAUUUUUUUUAGUUUUGCCUACCAUGAGCGAAACUAACGUGGCGCCGACUUUAGUGGAGGAAGAUCAUAUUCAGGCCGACGAGACAGCAUAUGAUGACUUUGAAGACGAGGCGAAUGAUGUGGCAAGCGUAGGCGGUAGUUCGUACACCUCCAUCACCUCAUCCAUCCUCCGAGGCGAGAUAGGGGAGGGCGGCAGGACCUACGCCGUCUACGGGAAAGAAGAAUAUGGCCUCCCCAUGGACGAGGCAGAGCUGGACCGCAUCGAUAUGUGCCACGCAAAGUACUACGCAUUGCUUGAGAAGAAGCGCUUCCUCGCCCCGAUCGGAAGCAAUCCUCAGAAGAUCUUGGAUCUCGGGUGCGGCACAGGAAUCUGGUGCAUAGACGUGGCCGAUGAAUAUCCAUCAGCUGAGGUCAUCGGAGUGGACAUUGCACCUACACAGCCAGAUUGGGUCCCCCCGAACUGCCGCUUCGAGCUAGACGACAUGGAGCGUCCGUGGAUGUGGAAAGAGAACAGCUUCGAUUUCAUCUUCUGCCGCGACCUCCUCCUCGCCUGCCGCGACUUUCCCAAGCUAAUCGACCAGUGCUACACUCAUGUGAAACCAGGCGGAUACGUCGAGUUCCAAGCCGUAACAGCCUGCAUCGGCUCCGACGACAACACGCUCCCCGUGGACGGCAGCUUCCAGAAAUUCGCCGACAACCUGAACAAAUCGGCCAAGAUAUUCGGGACGCCGAUCGACGAUCCGCUGCGCUGGAAGGGGUGGUUCGAGGAGCGAGGGUUUGAGGAUGUGACGGUCAAGGUGGUGAAGUUGCCGUGUAACACGUGGCCCAAGGAUCCGAGGAUGAAGGUACUUGGAGCGUGGGAGAUGGAGAACUUGUUGAGUAAUUUGGAGGGGAUGACGAUGAGGGUGUUCCAGAAGGCGUUGGGGUGGACGCCGGAGGAGGUUUCGGUGUUUUUGGUGGGGGUGAGGAAGGAGAUUCGGGAUCGUAGUAUCCACGCAUAUUGGCCUUAUUACAUUGUCCAUGGACGCAAGCCGCUCUCGGGAUAGGUAGCUAUGGUUUAACUCUAUAUAAAGGGCAGGGAUUAGAUAGGAGUACUUCAGCCAGAUAGAUAGGUAGAGCGGAA